AAUUGCUAUCACGUUUCAGAAUCUGUGUUGGUGAACAGUCAGGAUCCGUAUAGAAAAGUCAAAUAGCAGUGAUCAAGAUCCGAGACGACGAAGUUUUCCAAAAGAUUAUAAAAUUUUCACGUUCUAGAGCAGCACCAAUGUUGAAAUUAGGUCAUCGGAUUAGAUCAUUAUAUUCUUGAUAGGUUUUGAUAGCGAGUGGAGGAAAAAUUGUAAGGAUUCUUACGGGGGUGUGUUGGCUGGUGAUCGUUGUUCGGAUCGAAUUUCUUUUUCUCUAGGGUGCGGAGAAACCACAACGCAGAAGGUCACCAAGAUGAAGAAGAAGGUGUUGCUGAUGGGUAAAAGCGGGUCCGGAAAGACCAGUAUGCGUUCGAUUAUUUUUGCCAACUAUAUUGCACGAGAUACAAGGAGAUUGGGAGCAACGAUCGAUGUCGAGCAUUCACACGUGCGCUUCCUGGGCAACCUGGUGCUCAACCUGUGGGACUGCGGUGGCCAGGAGUCAUUCAUGGAGCAGUAUUUUGCCUCCCAGAAGGACAACAUUUUCCGCAAUGUGGAGGUUCUGAUCUAUGUGUUCGAUGUGGAGAGCCGCGAGCUGGAAAAGGAAGUGCACUACUACCAGUCCUGUCUGGAGGCGAUCAUACUCAACUCGCCGGAUGCCAAAAUCUUCUGCCUCGUACACAAAAUGGAUCUGGUGGCGGAAGAGCAGCGUGAUAUUAUUUUUAAAGAACGUGAAGCGGAACUGAAGAAGCUUUCGAGGCCGUUGGAGUGUACCGCCUUCCGGACGAGUAUCUGGGACGAAACGUUGUACAGGGCGUGGAGCAGCAUCGUCUACCAGCUGAUUCCAAACGUGAAAGCAUUGGAACAUUCGCUGAAUUAUUUUGCCAACGUCGUUGACGCCGAUGAAGUGCUGUUAUUUGAACGAGCUACUUUUCUAGUGAUUUCUCAUUGCCAACGGAAGCAGCAUAGGGAUAGUCAUCGAUUUGAAAAAGUUUCCAACAUUAUAAAACAGUUCAAACUGUCCUGUUCCAAGCUAGGCGCGAAGUUUUCAUCAAUGGAAGUAAGAAACAGUAUAUUUGCUGCCUUCAUUGAUACCUUCACCAGUAACACGUACGUUAUGGUUAUUAUGUCCGAUCCGUCUAUCCCCUCGGAGGCCACAUUGAUCAACAUACGGAAUGCUAGGAAAUAUUUCGAAGAGUUAGAAAAUCCCAAUAGUUUGAAUUCCAGUAAUGCCAUCCAUUCGGCGGCUACCCACGCCAGCCACGGGAUGGUCAACGGAGGGUCUUCCCAUUUCUAUUCUCAUCAUCAGCAACAUCAGCAGCUCCAGCAACAGUUUCUCCAACAGCAGCAGCAGUUACAACAGCAUCAGCAGAACCCAACAAAUCCGUAUCACUGAUAUUUAAUAAAAAAGAAGUACUUUUAUUUCAAGUAGCACUUCCGGUACGAGUCGCCAUGAAGUUACUAUAAACAAUAAUCUUCCUGCGGGUUUUCUCCUCUGAUUUUCCCUACUGAUAGCUAUAAUUACAGUCAACUAACCGGCUUUCGUACGGGAAUAUAAAUCAAAUCAGAACAUAGUCUGUUGCAAUUUAAUUCAAUGAUCCAAUUUUUGUUAAACGAACUGUUAUGCUUAUAUCACUAAGUGAAAUUUAUCAAACGAAGAAAUUUAACUAAUCAGACAUUGAUUCCUACGAUUAAGUCGACUGCUCCAAGAAAUGAGUUUCCAGGUACCAUUAGAUAACGUUGUUAGUCCAGGUACCAUUAGAUCACCAGGGUUUGACUUUUCCUUUCCGUAGAUUAAAACUAAUUAUCGAAAGAAAAGUUAAAAUAAUUUAACCAUCGCUGUACAAAGUAAAGUGAAUCAAAAAUGUAAAAAACGGGAAUAAGUCGCCGAGAGGAAAUAAAUGUUUUAUUAAGAAAAUAA